ACCCUUCCCCUGAUUGGGCGCCACGCGGGGCGCACUUCCUGUGACGCGCUCUUGCUUUUGGCGAUUUGAACCUCUCCCCCUCCUCCUCCUCAGUGAUGGCGGCUUCGCUUCGUUCUCUCUCUGCAAGCUGCCCCAACAAAUGGUAUUACAGCAGGCAAGAGAUCGACGACAACCCGUCUCGGCGAGCCGGACUCGAGCCGGACAAGGAGCUGUCGUACAGGCAGCAGGCGGCCAACCUGCUGCAGGACAUGGGCCAGCGGCUGAACGUGUCCCAGCUUACAAUUAAUACAGCCAUCGUGUACAUGCAUCGGUUCUACAUGGUCCAGUCGUUCACCAGAUUUCACAGAAAUGUCAUUUCUCCUGCGGCUCUUUUCCUGGCUGCCAAGGUUGAGGAGCAGCCCCGAAAGCUGGAACAUGUGAUCAAGGUGGCCCACGCCUGUCUGAAUCCACAGGAGCCCUCGCCAGACGUCCGCAGUGAAGCCUACCUGCAACAAGCCCAAGACCUGGUCAUUCUUGAGAGCAUAAUACUCCAGACCUUGGCGUUUGAAAUCACCAUCGACCACCCGCAUACACAUGUUGUCAAGUGCACCCAGCUGGUCCGAGUUGUUGUUUCAGCAAGUAAGGAUCUGGCCCAAACGUCUUACUUCAUGGCCACCAACAGUCUCCACUUGACCACAUUCUGCCUCCAAUACAGUCCACCGGUCGUGGCUUGCGUGUGCAUCCACCUGGCCUGCAAGUGGUCCAACUGGGAGAUUCCUGUCUCCACAGAUGGCAAACACUGGUGGGAAUAUGUUGACCCCACAGUCACCCUCAAGCUGCUGGAUGAGCUCACACACGAGUUCCUGCAGAUUUUGGAGAAAACGCCCAGCAGAUUGAAACGGAUCCGUAACUGGAAGGCUGGUGGUCAGACACCAAAAGCCAAGCCCAAAGUCCAGGAGGAGGGAGACCAGAGGGACACCAUGAUGAGCAUGAUCUCCAUGGCCUCCUCGGAGAGCACUGUGGCAGGCCUGAUGAGCCUCUCUGCGCCGCCCUCCGCCUCAUCGGUGGCAGACAAAGACAGCGGGCUGCCUGACAGUGCGCCCGCCUGGAGCAGUAACAGUCAGGGGGCCCCCGAGCAGCAGUCCAACCACGAGGUCCACGCCCCUGCCAAGGUGUCAUUAAGUGAGUACCGCGCCAAGAAUGCUGAUGUCCUGGCUGCUCAGAAGAGGAAGUUGGAGAACAUGGAGGCUAGCGUGAAGAGGGACUACGCCAACGCUGCCCAGGUUCUCAUUGGCCAGCAGCAAAGGAAGGAGAAACAACAGCAACACCAGUCCGCCUCGUCUUCCUCCGACCCAUCCGACCCGUCGCCCAUUAUUCUAAAAAUCCCCCUGGAAAAGGAGAGACAUGAUAGAAGCGCCUUGAAAAUGCGACUUCCCCUCGCUGGCGGAGGUGGCGCCAGAGUUAAGGACCAGGACGUCAAAAUGCGGAUUCGUGUGCCUGACAAGCAGAGAGGGGGGUCUGGUGAGGAGGGCAAGAGCAGGGACAAGCACAGGGGGGAGCGUUCAAACCACCACCAUCAUCACCACCACCACAAUCAUCACCAUCACCACCACCACCACCCUUCCUCCAGCACCAGCUCCAGUUCCCUUUCCUCUUUACACAAACACUCGUCCAGUUCUAGCAACGCAGUAGGAGGUGGCAAAAAAGUCACCAGUGACUCGUCCCGAACGAGCUCGUCCUCGUCGUCGCGCAAGAGGACGUAUGCCCAAGACCCUUCAGUGGGAUCUCAUCCCGCUUCCAAAGUCAGCAAGCCUUCUCGGAAUCCCUACCAAUUGCCCUCUCUGUCUUCCUCCUCUGACAUUCUCCCUGGUCUUGGCCUCCCCCACCACCCCCCGGCGAGCUACUCUCACCUCAAAGGCGACAAGACUGACGCCAACGGACAUGGCGGGACGGGCAGCGCCCAGUCCAAUGAGUACCAGGACACGUUUGAGAUGUUGAAUUCUCUCCUGAGCGCACAGGGGGUGCAGCCCUCACAGCCGUCAAUGUUUGACUAUAGAUCCCAGUAUGGGGACUACAAGUACUCAAGUGGGUCCAGGGGGGGCAAUGCCAGACCUCCACCCCUGCCUUCAGACCCUCCUCCCUCUCUUCCACCGCUACCCAAAUGACUUUUGUUCUUUUCGGUAUGGUCUGAUUUUUACGAGUCAAUUUUUUUAACGGCUGUCUCAUGAUCAUGACUUGUGACUGAGGCCAUUUCAAACAUUUUAUUUUGACUGACUUUUACUCAAAAGGCUUGAAAAGCUUUAUGUCCCUAGGAAGAUGUUAUUUCGGCUAAUUGUUGUCCAUUUUGCUCAUCCCAAGUUUCAGAGGAGAUUAAGGAUAUUGUAUAAGAUGACCACACACACACCCAUCAGGUCAUAUUUUUAUAGUUAUUUAUUGAUUAAUUCGUUUUUUAUCUUUGUCCCCCUGCAAUGAUCAACAUUUGACACUGUAUAGAAAAGUGACUAUCUCCACAGCAGACAUAACCCAAAAAGAUAGGCUUCCCUCCCCCUCAUGGUGUUAUACUUUCUACGUCAUUUGAUAAAUGUAUGCAAAGAUUGCAAAAUGUUUAAAACAAUACAUAAAAUAUUUUUACAGUUUGUUAAAAAAAAAACAGUAAAGUUUGUAUGUUUUGUGUCUAGCAGUCAUUGUUUUAAAUGGUUGUAAAAGGAUAAGCAUACUUAUUAACAAAGGUGCACCGAGAGAGAGAGAGAAUGUUUUGUGGGUCAGAAAGUCUAAUGAUUCAAAAGCAUCAUGCUCAUUGGCACAUUGAUGCAAUAGAUUUUGAAUUGUCCUUCAGAAUCUUUCUCAUCAUGUUUAGAUUUAUUUGAUGGUGACCACAUCAAGGUAUUGAUUAACCAACUUGUUAGUUGUCUGUCAUAUGGACAGUCCUUUUUGGGAGUGUACACCUGUGAGCUAAUGGCUGGUCUGAUGUAAUCAUGUUAAAGUUGCCUGGGUCCGUUUGCGUUGUACAUUCAACUAACCCUAUCCAGCUCCCAGUAGUUAUGUUAUCCAUCAAUAAGGAUCCCAUUUGCGUGAUUGGGGAAAAAGAUGCCAGAUGUUCAAGCAGGUGUACCUCAAUGAUUUAUCCCAUCUUUUUGUUUCGCCACAAAAUACUGUGGAGCUGAACAUAAAAUGACCCCUUAAUAUAUUUUAGUUUGUGCAUUUGCUUUGUGGUUUCCAUUUGCACACUAUUUUGUAACUGUGGAAUGAGUAAAUGCACUGAAAUGUGAGGUUUUUACCUUCAGUGUAAGUGUGAAACUAGUCUAAAUCUUAUGGGGUCGUGAAAUAACCUUAAAACUGCCAUGCAACAGAGCAAUGCAAAUCAGUUCAUUUACCUUUUCCUGCGUCUUGGAGUUUUAUAAUGCACACAGGAGUGGUAAUGAUUGACAUCUUAGUGGGAUUUCUUCUCCAGGUAACCUGUUGUACGUGACUGGUUGUUUUUCCAUUGUGUAUUUUUUCACAUUAAAGUCAAAUACUUGAA